UCCUAAGCUUUACUACAAAAUGUGCCGAAAUACAUUGCUAUCAGACAGACAAACUUCGAUUUUCUAUACAAUGUGCCUGUGGAUUGUCCGUUCUGGACUACGAAGCCUUCCGAUUGCAUUUUUGCAGCGAUCAUAUGGAAGAUAAUGGAGAAGUAAAAAUAUCACGGACAAGCAGGAUAUCGGAGUUUGUUGGCAGUGAUGUUCAAAAACGAUCUAUUGAUCCUUUGGACGAGGAAAUAUUUGAGGCCUUGGCAUUGAAUCAGGACCAACCCUCAUCACCUACGCAGGAUGCAUGUUUGGAAGAGCCAUUACUCAUGAUUCCAGUACCAGAAACUGCAGUGUCCACUGCAGACAACACUGAAGUGUCGCCAGAGCCAGUAGAGCGGUCAGAUGACAUCAUCACCGAUGUGAACUGGGAGGAACCCUAUGCGCCACAGCUAUUAAAACACCAACAACGUCGUUUAUACAAGACACGUAACAAGCCGAAUGUAUGCACAUAUUGUGGACGCACCUUUCGACGACGAUACCUCCUCGACUCACAUCUGAAUAUUCACACAGGCGCCCGGCCACAUCAGUGCGAAAUGUGCGGCAAACAGUUUCGUGCCGUCUCUACCCUGACGCGCCACUUGCGAACCCACGAACAGCGCGAAGCAUUUCAAUGCCAACACUGCGAGAAGCUCUUCACACAUCGUAGCGCGCUCCUCAGCCACGAGAUGCGUCAUACACAGCAAAGACGCUGGCCCUGCGAUAGCUGUAGCAAAUCUUUCUACACACAAAAUCAAAUGGAUACCCACCGGCGCAAACUGCACGCGAAGCCUAAAAACGCUACAACAGAUUACCAGGCCGACGCGGACAGGCUACCGUUUACCUGUGAUCUGUGUGGCAACAGUUAUCGCAGCGCCUCCAUGCUCAGCACCCACAAGCUUAAGAAACACUACCGGCUGGCCAAGUAUAAAUGUGAGCAAUGCGGACAAAAGUUUGUGGACGACGACCGCCUGAGAACCCAUCAAUUUAUUCACGUGGAAUCAAUCAAAUUUGCAAAAGAGCCAAGCUGAAGCUUUUUCUCUGUACCUGUUUCUAUAAAUGUACAUGUCAUGCAAAUUAAAUAAUUGAUUUCCUUCAAAUUUU